CACAGACACACACACACACACACACACACACACACACACACACACACACGGGCUCUCCCCACAUGCACACACAAGUCUAAAAAAACACACCGCACCCAGCAGCCAGCUGUUUCUGGUUAGAACGCCGGGCCUGCAGUGCAGAGGAGGAGCAGGCCGAGUCAUGGAGCGGCAGCUGGAGCUCGCUGCCCUCGGUGUGGCCGCCACCGGGUGGCUGUGUGCCAUCCUGACCCGCUGCCUGGCCCUGUGGACGGUGAGCGGCACCAUGGACAAUAAAACAGCCACGCUGCCUGCCUACUGGGACGGGGUGUGGCUGGAAUGGGAUCACUGGGACCUGGCCCACGAUGGAAGCCUGCACUGCUCCUUCUACCAGUCUCUAAUGUCUCUCUCUGGAAGCUUCCGCACGUGGAGAGCCCUCAUCAUGGCGGCCGUCGGUGCUGGGGCUUUUGCUGUGGUGAUCGGAGCGGUGGGGGCGGUGUGGUUUCCCCUGAGGGGACAGGUCAAGGUGUUUUCUGGAGCGCUCUUUGUUUUGUCUGGGAUCCUGCUGCUGGUUCCCACAGCAUGGACGUGCCAUCACACCAGUCAGCCACUAGAGGGGGCUUCGCUGCUGAGGAGAGCCUGGGGGCCUGCACUCUACCUGGGGUGGAUCUCCUUUGCUCUGAUGCUGGCGGGUGGUGUGUUUCUCACCACCAGGUGCCCCACAGGUGAGAGGCCGGUGCCGCCGCCUGCAGGGAGCGGGCCCUCCAGUCCAGAGGAGGAGGCCAGCCACCCGCUGAGCCGCAUCCACAGGACUGCAUUCACACAGAGCCAGUACGAGCGCCAAUCAGGGCCCGUGUGAGGGGACUGUGAAGUAUAACUGUGGGGGGCUAUAACAGCAGGACAUAAUGAGAGAGAAUGCACUGACUUCACUUAGCAGUAGAAAGUGCUGUGUCGUGUUUUAUUGUUCUUGUUUUUACUGUUUUGUAUCUGUUUCUGUUGAAGCUAACACUGUGUAGCAUUGUCUUACAGCCAAAUCCUCAUGUCCCCUCUAAUAGCACUGUAGAAUCACACUUCUGCUCUAUUUAAUGCCAUUAUUAAUACCAAACUGACAUUAACACAUACUGCCCUCUGAUUACUCAUUAUGCCUUUAAUGUGAGUGAAUAUUGAUACUAAACUAAAGACCAUAUUGCACAGAUACAUUGCACUACAUUCGAGUUUGGCGGCGGCAAACUCACCCAAAAUGAAUUCUUCUGCACAAAAAGACACUGGAAUAAAGCUCUGCAAGUGACUGAGACAUGUUUACAGGAGUUCUUUGACUCAUGCCACAGAGCACUUAAGGAUUAAACAGGGUGAGCCACCAAUUCAAACACAACAUAGAUGUCUAUUUUGAGUAUUAAUGAGUGAUGACACAAUUGCUGUUUUGUUUUUAAAGCUAUAUUUCACACUUUUCUGAUUCUGUUCUCUGGAAUAAAUGAAUAGUUCAUCUCAACCUGAGUAUUAAAAACAGUGAAACAUA